AUGAAGAGGGGUUCAAGUUUACAUGAAGAUAAAAUCAGUGAUAUGCCUCCAAACAUCAUAGAAAACAUCCUUUCUCGUUUGUCUAUAAUGGAAGCCGUGAGAACAUGCAUCUUAUCAAAAAAGUGGAGAUACAAUUGGAUUACUCUUCCACAACUUAUAUUUGAUUGUUCCCUCGGAGAUGAUUUGAUAAACCAAAAUGACAAGCUUGCAAGAUUUAUUGAUGGAGUUCUCUCGCUUCACAGAGGCCCAAUCUGCAAGUUCAAGAUCUCUCAUUUAUGUAUUCCAAAUUCCCCAGAUAUAAUAGAUGAGUGGAUGCUAUGCCUGUCGAGAAACUAUAUACAAAAAUUAAUCCUUUGUCUGCAGCCCAUGUAUGAGCGUUAUGACUUACUAUCAUCUCUCUACUCUUGUGAAAAACUGACCCAUUUGGAACUCAGUUUUUGCACACUUAGACGUCCACCAAUGCUUGCAUGCUUCAAGUACCUCCGGACCCUUUCUCUUUAUAAAGUUGACUGUGUUGGCUUCACAAUUGAGGAACUGAUUUCCAAGUGCCCAAUACUUGAGAGAUUGAUGAUAGACGGGUUUACAGGUUCCACGGACCUAGUUAUUUAUGCUCCUAAGCUGCAAGAGUUAGUUGUUGAUGGUUUUUGCAAGGUUAUGCAAAAUAUAUGCUUCAAGAACACCCUACUUCUAGCAUAUGUAUCUCUUAAUUUGCAAUGUUUUGGUUUCGAAGGACUACUUAUGAAUCAUAAGCAGGAUGGAAUUUCCCGUUUGAUGAAGGUUUUUGGAAGUCUUGUUAGUGUUCAGAUGCUUUCUGUGGGUGGGAAUUUUCUGAAAUUCUUUGCUGCGGAUUUGAUACCGAAGACGCUGCCGAAUACUUUUUAUCAUCUGAAGAAAUUGGACCUGGAAAUCUGCUUUAAUGAUAUGCAUAUGAUCUCAGCAGGACUCUGCUUGAUUAGAAGCGCUCCCAACUUGCACAAACUCCAAAUUGAUGUGAGUUAUCUUAUUCCUACAAAUGCUUAA